UUUUGCCUUUUUGAUCACAUAAGUCGUUGAUUUCCGAAACUUGAGCCAAGAAUAGCACCGUGAUGUCGCAUCCUGUUCGUGGUAACAAAGCGUCCUUGCUGAGGGCGAAUGGAAAGGCAAAUGAUAAGCAAGCCCCUAACAAUACCACUUGGACCCGCACUACCACAUGUGGUGGAAUCUUCUCCACGCCUCCCAUUCUCAAAGACGACGACAGCUUGACCAGACGUUGCAUGGCAAGUCGCAUUCCAGUUGGCCGUAGAACGAGUCCUGAAAAGUCGGUUGCCCAAUCGCGAAACACUUCCCCGAUGCGGGCUAAUCCUUCGAAGAAAGUACUGCCGUGUGUCAGUGCGUGUUCAUUGCCAAAUCGACGGGUCGAGCCCGAGCAUAAAGUGACCGAGAUCGAACGGAAAUCUGUGGCGGAUGAGGUGAUUUCCAAGCGGAACGUGGUUCCAGCACAAUUGCAUAAGUCAACGGCAGGCGUACCUAAGCAAUUCGCAAACACUGAUAAGAAAUCGCAUCGCCGGGUCCUUGAGUUGAACAAGUUGCGGGUCUUUGAGGCGCAGAAAGAGAAACUGGAACACUUGCAGUCCGAGUUUAUGCACAAGAUCCGGUUCCUGGGUCCGGAGCUCCAGAACCAAGGAGUCUUCAAGUUUGUGUCUCUGACCGUUAACGAUGAAUGCAAAGUCGUGGUCCACAAUGAUGAUCUGCUUCGAUUGCCCAAGAAUAUUCCCACCGAAAGUAUCAGUGACUUGAAAAACCGUUGUCGCGCGAUUGUAGAUCAGGGAUUUAUGCUGAUCUACGAACAUAUACCGAGUAUUCAGAGGACUAAAAAUGAUUUUGAGGCUCGUGAAAAGCGCGAGGAAAUACGGUGCAAGUUAGCUGAGUUAUUGAACCGAAAAAUGAAUUCCAUUGUCGAGGAGAUCGACGAGUUGUGCGGUCCAGGUAAUAAAUCCGAUUCACCCAACAAAAGUCUCUAUCGCGAGAUGGCUGAGCUGCGAUCCCAGAAGCAGUUGAUGGAGAGUCGUUACUUUGACGCCAAGAAGGAGUACAAUGACCAGAUAAACCAAUUGCGGGCCGAGUACGAUGCCAAGCUGGAAGAUCAGCUGGCCAGUCGGGAUCAAGCCAUGGCGGAGCUGAGGAAGAGUCUGCGGCGAAGCGAGGACGUGAUCAGCGACCAGACCAUGCGACUGGCCGAUAAAAAUUCCAAGCUGGUUACCGAGGAUUCCACCAUCGAGGCGCUGCGUUCCGAGCUAUCCACGCUGAAUACUACAAAUCAGCGAUUGAUUCAUCGUCUGGAAGACGCGGACUUAGGCAUGGAGCGUGCCCGCAAUUCCAUCGAAAAGAAUUUGGGACAGAUCAGCGACCUGGAGGGCGAACUGAAGGAGGCCCGGGAGCUCAUCGUCCAUCUGCAGAAGCGUCCGGAUGUCAUGGACAAGGGCGUUAUGGAGAAGGACCUCAUUAUUGCCGAUCUGAAGCUGCAGCUGCAGAAUCUUGAGCAGCACAAGAAUGUCCUGAACAAGCAGGUGUGCAACGCAUUGAAGCAGCAUGGCGACUUCGAAGAUCUGAGUGCAAGCUAUGAGAAAGCUCUUAAGCAGAUAUGCGAUCUAAAGGAGGCGCUAAAUGUUACCAAUGCCAAACUGGAAAUACAAUCCAACGAUUUGUCCAGGAUGCACCAACAAAUGGAGAUCGAUCAGAAGCUGCUGGAAGCUCGAAGCGAAUUGAUCACAAAGCUGCAGAAGAACGAGCAGGAUAACCGCUCCAAACUAGACCAAAUGUACUAUCAAGUUAGCGAGAAAGACACGCUGAUCAAUCAGGUAAACAACCAGCUGAACUCGAAGGAGGAGGAGUUCCGGAAUCUCUUCGGGACCCUCACGCACAAGCAGACGGAGGUGAGGAGGCAGGAGCAUGUCAUUAAGUUGCUGAAGGAGCAGAAUUCACGGGUAUCCUUGUUGCGAGCCACUCAGGACGAGCGGAAUGCCUCGAUGGAGGAGGAAAUCAAGAAUCUCAAGAACACCCUCCGUGAUUAUGCCAGAUUAAUUAUUGGCAAUAAUGGUCAGCAUUUUUUCGAAGUUGUGCCAGCUGGCGGAAUGGAGGGCAUUAGAAGUGGUGGCCAACGCGAGCAAGUCGACUUUUCCAGUGAGUUUCUGCAGCAGUCCCAACUGCAAGAGCUGGAGAUGUCCAAACCACGUGCUCGAAUCUUUGAGCCACUGCAGCAUCAGCUGUUCCCCCCCGAAAACCCAACCCCCAGUCCACGGCGUAAUUCGCCGCGGCAUUUAAUCCGCUCGCGCUAUCAACUGCAACAUCCGCGUAUCCGUACCACGAGUCCUCAAAGAGAUGCGAGUCCCCAACCUGCCCAGCCUCCUCAGCCUGCUCAGCGAUUGCGGCGACACCAGCGAUCCCGAGGGCAACGCUAGAGAACCGAUUUGAACAACCAACCGAACAACCUAACCAAAACCCAAAAGGCAAUGCGCAACAUGGAAAUUCUUAAGAUGCACAAACCAAAUUUAUUGUAAUCGUUGGCCAAUGGCACUUUUUUUUGUACCCACACCCACAGUAGUAAGAUGUAAUUGCAGAAAU